UACGACAUUAAGAAAAAGUCCGUUACCACACUCCCGAAAGUUCUUAACUAUUUUUUCCUGGAAGCAGUUUACUGUAUACCUUGCUUAUUGGAAAUCGGCUAAGCUUGAAUUUAUUGUCAAGGUAGCUUCAUCAGAUACAAGUCGAUUUUUUCCACUACAUUCCAUCCACGGGGAUGUCUGAGCCCUCCCCUUGUGUAAGCAAUUUAUAUCCGAUACCAGCUAGUGGGUAUACCCAUCUUAAUGCCCAAAUCUUUCUCCGGCGUGUACAGACUACGGGUCUCUUCUGCUCUUCUUCAGAACGCCUAAAUCAGCCAUCCUGAAUCUAGUCCCUAUAAACUAUUGUACAAUAGCAUUAUUAAUCUGCAGUUUUAUAAACAGAGUAGUGUUGCUUCUUUUUUCUUUGAUUUUGACCAAUGGAAAUAAUUAGAAAGGCGUGAUUGAAUGUAGCUCCAGCUAGCAAUUGUUGUAUAAUGAACUUAAUGCCCAGCGGGAUAUGUUUUUAUUUCUCUGUAGCUAUCUGUUGGUUCACCUCAAGGGUCGACUCAUCUUGGUGGUACAUGGGUACUCUUGGAUCUCAAGUGAUGUGCGACAACAUUCCUGGUUUAGCGAACAAACAGCGCCAAUUAUGCCGUCAGCAUCCCAAAAUAAUGCAUUGCAUUGGAGCUGGGAUUAAAGAUUGGAUUGAGGAGUGCCAGCAUCAAUUUCAGCAUCACCGCUGGAACUGCAGCACCAUUUCAAGGGACCAUACCCUCUUCGGCAAGCUCCUUCUCCGAAGCAGUCGUGAAGCAGCGUUUGUGUAUGCCAUCUCUUCUGCCGGAGUGGUGCACACUCUGACCAGGGCCUGUAGCCAGGGGGAGCUGGAGCCCUGCUCCUGUGACCCAGAAAAGAAAGGCUCUGCUAAGGACAGCAGGGGCUCCUUCACCUGGGGGGGCUGCAGUGACCACAUCGACUAUGGGAUCAGGUUCGCGCAGGCCUUCGUUGACGCCAAGGAGAGAAAAGAGAGGGACGCCAGGGCCUUGAUGAACUUGCACAACAAUAGAGCAGGGAGGAAGGCGGUGAAGCGCUUCAUGACACUUGAAUGCAAGUGCCAUGGUGUCAGUGGAUCCUGCAGUGUGAGGACCUGUUGGCUGGCUAUGGCCGAUUUCCGCAAGACGGGCGAGUACUUACGCAAGAAGUACAACGGAGCAGUGCAGGUUGUCAUGAACCAGUAUGGAACUGGAUUCACUGUCGCAUACCGAGCGUUUAAGAAGCCAACUAAAAACGACUUGGUGUACUUCGAAAACUCUCCGGAUUACUGCAUCAGAGACCAUGAAGUUGGGUCUGUGGGCACAGGUGGCCGUUUAUGCAACCGGACAUCUCGCGGCGUGGACAGCUGUGAGGUCAUGUGCUGUGGAAGAGGGUACGACACCUCCCGAGUCACCAGGAUGACCAAGUGUGGCUGUAAAUUUCAUUGGUGCUGUGCUGUCCACUGCAAAGACUGCCACGAGGUUGUGGAUGUGCACACCUGCAAAGCUCAAAAAAGUGCUUACUGGCUGGACCAGACAUGACACCUGACCACAGUACAAUAGGGAUGUCAUUUCACACCUUGAUAUCCACAGGUGGAGGCUUCUAAAGAUGUUUCCUUGGUAAUGGGAGUAACUCCUCUUGUGGUUAUGGCUGUCCUACUCAGAACUGCUUACCACAACCAAACUGAGACAGAGCAUACAGAAAAAAGCUCUAAGUAGACCCUUACACGGGAGUAAUACAAAUUCAAAGACAUUUUUAAUUGUCCUCUUGCUUAAAUACGUUUAAGGUGUAGAAACUAUCUAAACACCAGAAACACCACAUAACCCGUUCUUCUUCCUGAUAUACUGUUAUAUUGAUAUCCUAUAGGAUGGUGAUAUUUAAAGAUUUCAAUCUUACUUUCCUUUGUCCCUGGUACUGUAUAUACAGUACUGUUUAAACUCACUCAUAUCUUACACAAGUUCUGUGUAUUGUAAUUUUAAAUAUACGUUUCACAUUGUAAUUAAAAAUAAAGAUUAUGUAACCUGCAAUACCAAAUGAGCUGAUAAAGCUAUAUAUCUGAAAUACAAACAAAGGAUACACUAGGUUCAUGCUGUCUACAGAUGUGAAUACAAUGAAAUACUGUGUACAAGUUGCAGGGAAAAAAAAGCAAUUAACAGCAGGUGGUUGCACAUUUUCUUAGAUUUGUAUGAUCAGAUUCUCCUGCAUCAAAAUCUAAAAAUACUGUACAUCAGUGGAGAAAAAAACAACAUUUGAGCAAUUCUAGAGAAUGACAGAUUUGACAAUUUGACAGUGUUUACAAACAUGUAAAUACCUUUAUUUAAUCAAAGAAAAAAAAAAACUAAAACCCAAUGUUUCUUAAUGAUUACUAGAGCAGUUUCAUCUAUUGUGAAAAUAUAAGUCACUUUUGUGUUUUCAUAAAGUAUAUUGCAAUUAUGUAUUUUUAUCUGCAUGGUAAAUUUAAAAAAGCCAAACGAAUUCCUAAAAUUCAAGUGAUUUUUUUCUUAAGACAAACGUUAGUGACUCGUGAUAUAUAGCAAAUAAUCCUCUUAGUUGUCUGAGAGUAAAUAUUUGGCAUUUGCAGAACGGAAAGAAAAGCUGGAAAAAGAACAGCAAAAAAUAUUGCUCCCAAAAGUCAAGUGUCAAACGUUGUUCUCUGAAACUAUGGAAAAUAAUUAUAAGGAGGAAAAUCAAAACAAUCCACCAAAGAAGAUUAAGAACCUGCAUAUAUAAAUUGUUUGGAUGUUUGUUCAAGUAUAUAUAGCCUAGAAAUUAACACUGGAGUGUCGUGUAGUGGAGAAAAAAAAACACAAGUAUUUAGAUUUAAUUUCAAGGCCGAUUCACAUAUCAAUCGGCUGCACAACAAGGUAUAAUAUCACUUUAACAUGUUCCUGUAUGAACGGUGUGGAGCUGGGCUCAUUGUUUCUACAAUACUCACCUCCAAACAGUGGUCUUUUCAUAUAUUGCUUGGGUGACCGUAGCACUCUCCACCAAGAGCCUAAGAAACGUGUUUCUCUUCCAGACACCAAACCAAAUAUUAACAAACAGCUUUAGA